UUAGCUCAUUCAUCUUCCAUCAAACAUAACAUUUUCUUCUUAUCUUCAUCACCUCCGGUUUAUACUUCCUUUCAUCCUACAUAUUUGAAGAAGAUAUCAACACUUUCUUCUGCAAAUUCUCAAUCAUGGCCUCCUCUACUCUCUCCCCUCCCACCCCUUCUCAGCUUUGUUCAAGCAAGAAUGGGCUGUUUGCUCCAUCCCAAGCUGUAAUGUUGAAGUCCACUGGGAGUUCUCAAAAGGGGAAUGGAAAGGGUAAUAAGAUUAGAUGCCAGGCUACUAGUAUUCCAGCCGACCGGGUGCCGGACAUGGGAAAAAGACAGCUUAUGAACUUGCUCCUUUUGGGUGCUAUUUCACUUCCCAGUGCUGGCAUGCUGGUUCCUUAUGCUUCUUUCUUUGCACCCCCCGGGUCAGGAGGUGCUGGAGGUGGUCAAGUGGCUAAGGAUGCCCUCGGGAAUGAUGUAAUAGCAGAAGUGUGGCUGAAAAACCACGGACCCGGUGACAGAACCCUUACUCAAGGCUUGAAGGGAGAUCCGACCUACCUGGUAGUCGAAAAUGACAGAACACUGGCUACCUAUGGUAUAAAUGCUGUGUGCACACAUCUGGGAUGUGUUGUGCCAUGGAAUACAGCAGAGAACAAGUUCAUUUGUCCAUGCCACGGCUCUCAAUACAACAAUCAAGGCAGAGUUGUUAGGGGUCCUGCUCCUCUGUCCUUGGCUCUGGCACAUGCAGAUGUUGAUGAUGGAAAAGUUGUGUUUGUUCCAUGGGUUGAAACUGAUUUCAGAACAGGAGAUGCUCCAUGGUGGGCUUGAAGUCUUUAUAUAGAUAUGUUUUGUUUUCCACAUUUUCAUUCAAUUCAGGAGAACUGUAAACUUCAAUUGAAGAAAAAUGAUAUGCAUAUUCAAAUUUACUUUGUUGUUAUCAUUUA